AUGGGUCGGUACAACUUUGCGCCUCAGCGAGUACACCAGGCUGCCACACGUCUUCUCCAGGCCCGCGAAACCGGCAGGGCUACCAUUGCCUCUCAGCCUCCUCCGCCGUGGUACACUGUCAUCGGCAACCUGCCGCCAUCAGAACGUCUCGUGCGUCCACCAUUGCAACCCGCCCAGCGCAAGGGCAGGAAGGCCAGCAAGCUCUUCCAGCCUGUCAAACUUCAAUAUCCGGAGGACCAACUCAGACUCGACUUCUUUGGCGAUCACCCAUGGGAAUUGGCAAGACCUAGACAGAUCCUCGAAGAUGACGGCAAGGAUUACCAAAAGUUCGACUGGAGCCAGCUAGAUCAGCCCACCAAGCAGGUCGACGGAGAGAGUCUUGUGCAGAGACAAGCAUGGCUCAUGGGCCUGCCAGACACAUACCCGGCUUACACCAAGGCAGGUGCCUACGACAAGGCCCGCAAGGAGUUCUAUGAGGUCCGCCACACACAGGAGAUUGAGCGCCGCGUUGCUCGCGAGGAAGCCCUCUGGACCGGUGCUGAGUUUGGGCCUUCGCCAUUGACUGUCGGUAUGGAGCUCGAGGACCAGAAAUACGAAGAGUGGCGCGAGUGGGCUGCCAAGGAGAUCAUGGCCUACAAGCAGCUCUCGGGCUCCUCAGGCAGUGCUCUUGAUCAAGAUUCUCCUCUGGAUCCCGUUCUUGAUGCGGAUGUCUUGUCUGCUAUGGAAGAGGUGGAGCCUAGUGUUCCCGGCAGCAAGAGGGGUCAGACUGCUCAAGGUGGCGCCUUUGUCCACGCAUGA